AUGACACAAUACGCUCUCCCAAACAUUCCUCUCCAUGCCCGUUGGACACAGAACGGCGUCACCAUUGCUGGAGGUCACGGAGAAGGCAACGCAUCCAACCAACUCCCGUGUCCUUUGGGUCUCUAUGUGCAUGAUGAUCAAACUGUCGUGAUCGCUGGCUCCGUCAAUCAUCGUAUUGUGGAAUGGAAGACUGAUGCCACAAGUGGUCAAGUGGUGGCCGGUGGCAAUGGAGAAGGAAAUCGAACUGAUCAGUUGAAUGAUCCAACAGAUGUGAUUGUUGACAAAGAUACAGACAGUCUCAUCAUCUGUGACCGAAGGAACCGACGAGUGAUGCGAUGGCCUCGUCGAAGUCGAACAAGUGGAGAAACCAUCAUCGAGGAGAUCGACUGUUGGGGAUUGACGAUGGACGAUGAGAGAUUUCUCUACGUCCCCGAUUAUCAAAAGGAUGAAGUGAGACGAUAUCGAGUGGAAGAGACGAAGGGAACAGCGGUGGCGGGAGGCAACGGACGAGGUGAUCAUCUCAAUCAACUCAACUAUCCCACCUACGUCUUUGUUGAUCGAGAUCAUUCUGUCUACGUGUCGGACAACGAGAAUCAUCGUGUGAUGAAGUGGCACAAGGGUGCGAAAGAAGGGAUUGUUGUGGCUGGUGGUCGAGGCAAAGGGAAUGCGUUGACUCAACUGUCGUAUCCUAACGGCGUGUUCGUCGAUCCAUUGGGCACAGUCUAUGUGGCAGACUGUUGGAAUGAUCGAGUGAUGCGUUGGUACAACGGAGCGACACAGGGAAAUGUCAUUGUUGGUGGAAAUGGUAGAGGACAGCAAGCAAACCAGUUGGACUGUCCCGUGGGUUUAUCAUUCGAUCGACAUGGCAAUCUCUAUGUCGCCGAUUGCGGGAAUCAUCGAAUUCAACGAUUCUCAAUCGAAGCACGUUGA